AAGGACAUUAGUACUUUUGAGUGAGACGCCGUGCCAGACGGCUUCAGCAUUGUGGCUCCACUCACCAGCGCUUCAAUGGCCGCUUCAGAGCUCGAAGUUGCAGUGUUCAUCGAUACUGAUUUCGGCACCCAUCUGGCCGUCGCUGUUCCGCCGCACAUCGCCGCCGGAGCUUUAAAGAGGGAAGUUGAGAGAGUACAUUUUAAGUGUUUCCCAAAUAUAGGAGAGAUCAAGGUGGAUGGAUUCAUGGUGAAGCAAAACUCGAACUUCUACCAUUUGCCCGACACGUUGCUUACCAAGCUCACUUCCCGGGUGGAAUCAGUGCAGUUUCUUCAUGUCAAAGCACAGCCUUUGAAUGAGUUUAUCGAGCCUCGUUUACCCGAAAAUGCCGAUUGUUUCCCCAACCUAAACAAUGGCGCCUAUCCUUCGGAAAGACAAGGCUACUGUAGACACUCCUGCACGAGUAAAAUCAGAAUCGACGACAAGAAACGGACAAGAAAGAUACUAAGAUCAGUCAGCACCAAAAGCAUCAUCUUAGCUUGUAAUACAAAGAGAAAAAGGAAGAGAACUCAGCGUUUAGAGCAUGUGGAAAAGAACUCCGAUCUGGAGGAACUGAUCAAAGAUGCAGAAAAGUUCGAUGGCUCGAUCGAUACAUCGUCGUACCAUAAUAUGCCAAAUGAUGAGGUUAGAACCACAAAACAAAGGUAUGCAAGCUCCUCCACAACCAGUGAGUUAUCAUCUGAAGUCAUGUCUGUUUCAAGUAUCAUAAAAAGAUAUUUUCCAAGCCACGACGAAGUAAGCAGCGUUCCAAAUCGAUCGAGCGGUGGCAUUACUCGUAGUGAGCCAGAGGAAAGAAGCCCAAGCUUGUUGCCUUCGAAAUCGCCAUUUAAAGCAGGUACACAAAAGCGUGAGAGAUCAUCUAAGCUUGGGAAAAGGCUUGUAAUGGCUUCAUAUAACCUUGGGAUUUCUCCCAACAGAGGAAGGCCAGAGAUUUCACUCUGCAAUUCCAGAGGUAAAAAGUUUCAAGAACUCAUGUCUUUGGCUAAAAGUUCUUGUUUUGAGAUAAGUGAUAGAGAAGAUUGAAAUUUUAGCAUUAGAUUUCUUUGUAUCGGAUGAAAAGUGUAUACAUAUAUCCAUCCAUUCCAUUGGUCUAACUAGGUCGGGUUGUAUCGGGUUAGGUUUAAUUUAAAUUUAGAGCUUUUUUUUUUCUUCCGUAUAAAAGAGGUAGGGUACAGAGAUUUGAACUUUUGAUCUUAGAGGGAGUACGUGUUAAUUGAACUAUGUCAAAUUUGGUGUUAAAACCAUCGCAUUGGUUUAAGAGAAAACAAAA